GACCUUUUCCGACGGUAGCACCGGCUAUGGAGUGUGGUGGGGCUCUGCUGGCCCGAGCUCAGGAGGAGUCUGAAGGGUGAUAAGUAGCUGCAGGGUGCUCCGAGCGCUGUGGAUCCUCCCCGUGCAACCACAGGCAGGCACGGCGGGUUCCCAGACGGUGGAGGGAGGCCUUGGCGAAAGUUUAUCUCAGAGCCGUCGUGCCAUUAGCUAGAGUUGUAGUUUGCAGGCCGAGCACCCUUUUUAUUUUAUUUUGGUUUUUCGAGACACGGUUUCUCUGUGGCUUUGGAGGCUGUCCUGGAACUCGCUCUGUAGACCAGGCUGGCCUCGAACUCGCAGAGAUCUGCCUGCCUCUGCCUCCCGAGUGCUGGGACUAAAGGUGUGCACCACCAACGCCCGGCUCCGUAGCAGCCUUUUUGAGUUUCAGGUUUUUUGUUUUUUUGUUUUUGUUUUUGUUUUUUUCCUACCCAUCACUGUGUCUCCUUGGCUCAUGUCAUGCCACAUCACGUGGGAACCAAAAUCACAGGACAUCACCUGUUUAGUGACUUGAAUACUUGGAUGAUGUGGACUAGUGCUUCAAUCCAAGGACCAAAACAGGACCAUGGAGGGUAACAGAAGAAAGGAGCAUCAACCUGGGAAUCCAGAUUCAUCGUUUUAAAAGCAUCUUUGGCCAAGUCUGCUGAAAAAUUUGAAUGACCAACUGUAAAAUUAAAAGACAGUUAAAGUAUUGCAUCUUUCCUUAGAGGUGCUAUGUACAUGCCCACCUUGUAUGUUUGGACAUAAAACCUACUUGUGUGUUUGAAGUACAUCAUUAUUGAAAUAUAGGACAUUAAGAACCUGUUUUAAAAGUUUUUUUUUUUGUUGUUGUUGUCCUCUGUUUUUUUGUCGUUGUAGCACUGGGUAUCAAACCCAGCACCCCCUACAUUGACCUACUCUUCCAGCCUUAGUUCUGAUUCUUGAUUCUCAGUUAUUUUAUUUAAAUUUUUUUUUUUUUUUUUUUUUUUUUUUUAAGAGAGAAUGUCUGUGGUGCACCAUUUGUCACCCGGGUGGUUACUGGAUCAUCUUUCUUUCAUUAACAAGGUCAACUAUCAACUUCAACAGCAUCAAGAACCUUCCUGUAGUAAAAACAAGCAUACUUCUUCUGUCUACCUGGACUCUCUUCAGAUGGAUGCCAUGUCUCCUUUUGGAGCUCCUGCUCCAUGCUUUGCUCCUGACUCUACUACUGUGCCAGGCAAUGAGGAUGAGGAUGGAGGAAGUUGUGAAAGGAUCACCCAAAAAUAUGUUUUCCGACCUGAGUUAUUUAAUGUCACCAAACCUUACAUAACUUCAGCUGUUCACAAAGAAUGCCAACAAAGUAACAAAAACGAGAAUUUAGUGACUGGUAAUAAACAAGAGGUCUCCAUUUCUAUUGGGAAGAAGCGUAAAAGAUGUGUGGCUUUCAAUCAAGGUGAAUUGGAUGCUAUGGAAUAUCAUACAAAGAUCAGAGAGCUGAUUUUGGAUGGAUCUUCACAGUUAAUCCAAGAAGGUCUCAAAAGUGGUUUUCUUUAUCCAUUUGUUGGGAAACAGGAUGGAAAUAGUGGCCGCAUCACUUUACCCCUGGAUGCUUGCAAUUUGUCAGAAUUCUGUGAGAUGGCAAAGCGUUUGCCCUCCGUGAGUGAGACUGAGCUUCAGACGCUACAUUUGACAGAAGAUGAUUUGUCUGUCACAGAGCUGGAUCUAUUGCCACAGGUGGUUGAAAACAACUCCAGCUUUUCCAGAAUGAUUACUUUAAUGGGACAGAAAUACCUGCUACCACCCCAGAGCAGCUUCCUUUUGUCUGACAUCUCUUGUAUGCAGCCACUCCUCAACUGUAGUAAAACAUUUGAUGUAAUUGUGAUUGAUCCACCAUGGCAGAACAAAUCGGUUAAAAGAAGUAACAGGUACAGUUGUUUAUCACCACAGCAGAUAAAGCAAAUGCCUGUCCCUAAGCUGGCGGCUGCUGACUGUCUUAUUGUUACUUGGGUGACCAACAGACAGAAGCACCUCUGUUUUGUGAAGGAGGAACUAUAUCCUUCAUGGUCCGUGGAAGUCAUUGCAGAAUGGUACUGGGUAAAAAUCACCCAUUCAGGGGAGUUCGUGUUCCCAUUGGAUUCUCCACACAAAAAGCCUUAUGAAUGUCUUGUCCUGGGGAGAGUUCGAGAAAAAGCUGCUUCAGUGUUAAGGAGCACAGGUGUGAAAGUGUCCCCUGUCCCAGAUCAGAAGUUGAUCGUCAGCGUGCCCUGCAUUCUUCACUCACACAAGCCACCUCUUGCCGAAGUACUGAAAGACUACAUCAAGCCAGGUGGGCAGUGUUUAGAAUUGUUUGCUCGAAAUUUACAGCCAGGUUGGAUGAGUUGGGGCAACGAGGUCCUCAAGUUUCAGCAUGUGGAUUAUUUCCUUGCUCUGCAGUCUGGACGCUGACUGUAAAAGUUGGGCUGCAUUUCCCCAGUUCCAUCAGACCCAUUUCUCCUUGUAUCACUCAGUGUGGUUAGAUGUGUGAACUUUUACACCACUGUGCUCAGAAAUGUACAUAGACUUUGGCUUUUCAACAAGUGACUUCUUUCCGGCGAUUUUGAGAUGAAUCCUAACUUCAGUUGCACUAAUAUCCCACACCAUUCUAGAUUCUCUACAAUUAAAGAGGUAAGCAAUUAGUGGAAAGACCUGUCUCUGCUACAAGACAAAUUUUGAAAGCAUGUACUGUGGACUCCAGGUCAUGAACUUGCCUGUGGAUAUUGUUUAUUUGGUGGUGUUAAAAAAUAAAUGGAAGACUCAUUCCAGAAAGAGUCAGAAAGUAUUAACCCAAGUCCAGUUGUCUACACGUGUUUAAACAUCAGAAACUCCAGCUCCAUUGGAACUUGUGUCCUUGUGUGGCAUCAACUUGCAGUACCCAGUGGUGGCAGCUCGGAUGGGAAGGGCCAUGUGCUCUCCAGUCUCCCAGUGUGCAGCUUCUGCCAUGCUGCUUCCUUGGGUUAUCUCUAUGGCUCCUGUCUGGCCUGAAUUUGCAGCCUCUGCUAUAUCAGAAAAAAUGCUGGCCAGGUAGUUGGCGUGUGUAUGGGUUGAACAGUUUGGAUAGUUUGGGAAUGUUUCCAUUGAAUUUAGGGUCACUGUUUAAGCACUCUUUAUUUUUGCCUUUUUCUAGAAGACGACUUCAAGAUAUUUCUUAUAGGAUGUCAAGAAUUAAACACUGCUUAUAGUUAUAGAAAACUGUUUAGAAUAUAGGUUUUAUACAAAUAAAUUUUUUUUUUUUU